AUGACUGAACUCUCAGGACGUCAUGUUGUUUAUUGCGGAGUGUGCACCCUGCCGCCCGAGUACUGCGAAUACGGCGGAACCGUCAAAAAGUGCCAGCAAUGGCUCGAGAAGAACCAGCCCGCCAUGUACUCGAGGAUAUGGUCCCCCGAGGUGCUCGAGGCGGAGAUGGCCGGUUUGUCGGUUGAGGCGCAGGAGCGCGCCAUGAAGGACGCGAAGAAGAAGGCCGCGAAGGCCGAGGCGGCAGAGCGCAAGGAUGCCGACAAGCGCGCCAACAGCGUGGUCACCAUCAAGCGCAUUGAGCGCAACAAGAGGAAAUACGUCACGUCCGUGAGCGGGUUGGAGGCGUUUGGGUUGGAGUUGAAGAAGGUUGCCAAGGACUUCGGCAAGAAGUUCGCGACCGGCUCUUCGGUAACCAAGGUACCCAGCGGCGGCGAGGAGAUUGUCGUCCAGGGCGAUGUCAGCGGCGAGAUCGAGGAGUUCAUUCUCGAAAAGUACAAGGAGGUUCCCGAAGACAACAUAGAGCUCGUGGAAGACAAGAAGAAGAAGAAGGGCGAAGGAAACUAG